AUGGCUCAAUGGGGAGUGGUGCAAAGUUGCUUGUUCUGUGGUGAGCUAAGCGAGUCCAGAGACCAUCUCUUCUUCGCAUGCCCGUACACAUUCACUGUAUGGUUAGCAGUUGUGGGGGAUCUCUUGGUAGUUGAUGCUGACCCAGAUUGGGAGACAACUCUUGGUCAGUUAGUGGAGCUCAGGUAUGAGAAGCUGGACUAUAUCCUGUUGAGAUUAGUGUUUCAGACUGCAAUCUAUUACAUAUGGAAGGAGAGAAAUGACACGAGGCACAUGGGAAAGCCAAAGACAGUAGACCAGAUCACCAAACUCAUUGAGAAAACAGUCAAACACAGGAUUAUGUCCACUAGAUACUUUGAGAAUCCUAAAUUGUUGGGACUGCUCCAAAGAUGGUUUCGUGGGCGGUAG